AUGGGUGUCGCUGUUAAGCCAAGACAAGAAAGUUUCACAGUUGCCAUCUUUUUGACCCUCUCUCUCAACUUUGAAACUUGGACCAAAAUAUUCCAAACUCUCUUGCAUUCAUCAUCUUCCUUUCUACAUUGUCUCCAAAUCAAAAACCAGAGAUUCUUCACUCCCUUGGUGUGUAGUCUUGAAGAUGAAACUUCUCUGUCUGAAGUGAGUUUGUUAGUAUUUCAUUUCACAUUCAUAUUUCAUCUCAUAAAAGUCACACCCUUUUGUCCAGAAAAGACAGUAAUGGCUCAACAGGAAGAAGGGUGGCCAUUGGGAUUGAGACUAUUGAAUUCUAGAAUUGGGAUGGUGAGGAAUGGUGAUUUUUCUGGAUCAGAUUCAUUUAGCACCGUGCUUUCAGCUGAUUCUCCCACACCUUCAACUUAUUCUUCAUCAGAUCUUGACACUCAGUCCACAGGAUCAUUCUUCCAUGACAAGAGCAUUACACUAGGCAGCCUCAUUCGAAUCUCGAGCUUCCUAGAACUCUCAAGAAGAUCAAGCAGAAGAAGAGUGAUGGAAAAUUCAGAGGAGAACAAGAAGAAUCACAAACAGAAGCCUUGGUUGUUUUCGCUUUGUUCAAAACUAUGUACUGAUGCAGUGAUUGGUAAUGAUGUUCACUCUCUUGGUCAUUACCUUGAAGCCGAGAGAAAAGCUGCAACUUCUUACAGAAGGAAUCAAUGUCCUACAUAUUAUAACAUACCGAAUAGUUUUUCGCCUAUUCAAGACUCGAACUCAUUCAUUAUUGGAAGCCAAGUCCAUCACCAGGGUUGA